GCUUCUGUCUCUGCCCCACUGAGAAAAUGACCGUGGGGAGGGCUGCGGAAGCCGCCAGUGGCGCCCGGAGCCUUCAGAUAUUUCCUCCCAAAUCCUCCUCAGACACAGAGGCAGAAGAGGAGCUGUCUGGGGAUGGGCUGCUUUUGCCUAGGGCUGGCAAACUUGAUGAGUUCCUCAGCCUAGAGGAGACAGAUUCUACUUCUGACUCAACUGGGAGCUUUUACAAGACCCUGCAAGUACUAAAGCAGAAAGGCAGGUGGUGCCUGUCGGAAUCCCUUUAUCAGUCUGAUCCAGACAGUGAUGAGAGCCUCUCUGAAGAUGAUGAGGACCUGGAGAAUUUCUUCCAAGACAAAGGCAGUGGGAAGCCGAAGGUCCGGUACCCACCAUCUCUGAGGUGUGGUCCCACAAGGCGCUGCAGCUCCCUGAGUAACCUACCCUCCGACAUUCCCAAGGGUCAGCUCCAGCCACCUGCAGGCUCCAGGCCUCCUUCCCAGCACAGAAGCAUCAGCUCCUGGGCAUCAUCCAUCACUGUCCCUCAGCCAUUUCGUAUGACAGUGCGUGAGGCCCAGAAAAAGGCCCAGUGGCUGGCCUCACCCGCCUCCUUCGAGCUUGAGAGGCAGCAGGCCCAAAGGCAGGGUCAGGAGGAGGCCGAGUGCCACCGGCAGUUCCGGGCACAGCCUGUGCCGGCGCAUGUCUACCUGCCCCUCUACCAGGAAAUCAUGGAGCGCAAUGAAGCCCGAAGGCAGGCAGGGAUUCAGAAGAGGAAGGAACUGCUUCUCUCUUCCUUAAAACCCUUCAGCUUCCUGGAGAAGGAGGAGCAACGAAAGGAAGCCGCUCAACAGAGGGAAUUGGCCGCCACUGCUAAGGCCAAGGUCACCAAGCGGAAAGCCACCAGAAGGAUCCCCAAGUCCAUUCUGGAGCCGGCCCUUGGGGACAAACUCCAGGAAGCUGAGCUGUUCAGGAAAAUUCGCAUCCAGAUGAGAGCCCUGGACAUGCUCCAGAUGGCCUCCUGCCCCAUCACCUCCUCCAGUUGCCAGGCUGAGCCACGGCCUCGCACAGCCACCCGAACCCAGGAGAAAAAGCUUGGGUUUCUGAAGACUGACUUUGGAUUCCAGCCUCGGGUGAAUCAUGCCAUCCCUGACUAUGAGAGCCUUUAUAAGGCCUUCCAGAGAAGAGCUGCCAAGAGAAGGGACACCCGAGAGGUGACUCGCAACAAGCCCUUCUUGCUGAGAACUGCCAGCCCCUGUCGCACUCAGCGGGCCUGUGAUGCUGCUGCCACUGGAGGGAGGAAGGACUCUCCACAGCCACCCGCCACACCCCGGCCAAGGAGUCAUUCUCUGAGUGGUCUUGCUUCUCUCUCUGCCAACACCCUCCCUGUGCACAUCACAGAUGCCACCAGGAAGAGGGAAUCUGCAGUCAGAAGCUCACUUGAAAAAAAGGACAAAGCAGAUGAGAGUACUGCUCAGUGGUUGGAGAUGCAUAAAAAGAAGUGUCAGGCAAUGUCUAAAUCCGUGACCUUACGUGCAAAAGCCAUGGAUCCCCAUAAAAGCCUGGAGGAGGUAUUCAAAGCAAAGCUGAAAGAAAACAGGAACAAUGACCGUAAAAGAGCAAAAGAGUAUAAGAAAGAAUUGGAGGAAAUGAAAAAGAGAAUACAAACGAGGCCCUAUCUCUUCGAACAAGUUACCAAGGACCUUGCCAGGAAAGCAGCAGAACAACGGUAUCAAGACACCCUGAAGCAGGCCGGGCUGGAUGAAGACUUUGUGAGGAAAAAGGUUCUGGGCACCAGGGCUGUACAGUGGAAGGAGCAGUCAGAAGUUCUUGGUUAUCCCAGCACCCAGGAAACCACAAAACUUGGCAUCAGAAACCCACAGCAGGAUUUAGAAGAGCCUCUAGAACAGCCUGCCAGCCCCAAGAAAGAACAGGAGCUGUCUUAUGAACUGCUAGAUAAUCCCCAAUCAAUUGUCUAAUCAGCACACUGAAAUUACUGCUUUUCAGUAAUAUUAAGCAACUAACGUGGGGUUGAAUCAAGGCAGGCAACAACUGGGUUUGAGUCACGGCUGUUCUUGGAGAAUGGGGGAAAGAAAAGUAGCUAUUAACGGAAAGGUUCCAGUAAAUCCAAGCAGAGCAGCUCAGGGUGGAGGGAUCAGAGCCAAGUUAAGCGCUCUUUCUUUGUGCCUCACACUUGAACAUUAGCUACAGCCCUGGCCAGUUUUGCUCAGUGGUUAGAGCAUCCGCCCGCAGACUGAAGGGUCCUGGGUUUG